UGAUAAUAUUGUAAACAAAUAUCUGUCAAAAACCUGGCAAAGAAAUUGUUGUUAAAAUUGACUUACAUGUUAGCAAUCUCAUAACGUUGUACAUCAGAUUAACUAUUAAAACACUUGUUCAUCAGUAUAACUGUUCAAACACUUUUGAUCGAUCUGAACUUGGACUGCAACGUGGUUAUCAUCUUAUCAUCGCAACUGACAUUGUCAACAUGGAAUAGCAUAUCAUGACCUGGUUUUUGGAACAUUUCAUGUGUACAUGUACAUCUAUGUUUGAUAUUGAUAAGGAAAUGAAAUGCCGAGGAUCGAAGAGUAUACCCUAACGUGAACUAAUUUGAAUAUGGAGCAGCAAACGUCUCGUCGGGUGUUAUGUGUUGGUCUGUGUUGUGCGGAUAUCAUCAACGUUUGUGAUCACUACCCAAAGGAGGACACCGACCAAAGGUCUGCCGACUACUACUGGCAGCGAGGUGGUAAUGCCUCCAACAGCUCCUCUGCACUGGCGUUGCUGGGAGCCAAUGUGGAGUUCCUCGGUACACUCGUCCGCGGUAGAGAGUACAAGUUUCUGACGGACGAUUUCGCGGCAUAUGGAAUCCAUGCGGACCAGUGCCCAGUGUACGAGGAGAGCCCGGGUGUAAAGGGUGCUGUAGCCGUCAUCGUAAUCAAUCGACAGAACGGCUCUAGAACUAUCAUGGCCGCCAUCAACCAUGUUCCUGAGUUGAAGAUGGAACAUUUCCAAAAUAUUCAGCUACACAAUUACAGAUGGAUUCACUUCGAGGGAAGGCAAAACAUUGACGAAAUAGAGAAAAUGAUACAGCGUGUACAGGAAUAUAACACAAGCUGUAACACUGACCAGAGAGUAUCCACGUCGCUUGAAUUCGAAAAGCCCAGGUUACCUGGCCUUGGUCGUCUAUUGGACCAGGUUGACUAUGUGUUUGUUAGUAAGGACCUGGCGGUGUCCCGGGGGUACCAGAACAAGGAGGAGGCCGCCCGGGGCUUCAUGCACAGCUGCAGACCAGGAGGGACUGUAAUUUGCGCGUGGGGUGAUGACGGCGCCGCGGCAAAGACCGGCUCAGAUGACGUCAUAACGUCACCAGUGUAUUCUCCAAAAACUGUGGUGGAUACGCUAGCGGCUGGUGAUACGUUUAACGGAGCGACGAUAUUUGCGCUCAGUAGCGGUUUAGACGUAGGUGGGGCAAUUCGGUUCGGCUGCAUGGUGGCUGGAACGAAGUGCGGCAUGGUCGGUAACAAGGGCAUUAAAGGUCUACAGAAUCAACUAGACAGUUUUAGAACUCAUCAGAAAUGAAUAAAGAGUUCCAUACUGUUUCAUUUACUUUACAGCAACUUACUCUUGACCACAUCCAUUCAAUCAUUCCCACACCCUAUACAAAUAAUAAUUUGUCAAUCGGAGGAAAAAGCCGAUUCAGUUUGUGCUUUUGAGAACAUACGUUUGUCUGCUGUGUUUCUCUCUCCCAGUACAUAAUGAAAACUUUCAGCCUCUCACCUUCAGGGCUAGCCAAACUUUAUCGUUUUAUGCAAUGUGCGAGUGAAUAAUUGGAACUGAACUACAAGUGAUCCACAUCUUUUGAGACGAUCAAAAUGUUUAUUAUUCAAUUUUAAAAACCUGUUUUUCAAAUGUAUCUUCAAGUCACGAAGUUAUAAUAAUGAAUCAGAAAUAUAUGUAUACAUAUAUUGUAUAGACAGGUGUUAGCACGGCUAUAUCAUCGGUGUUAAAUAAAGACAUUACUUGUCUUGA